GAGAGAGAGAGUGUGUGUGUGUGUGUGGUGGCUCUGCUUCUGUGGGAUUCCUGAUGGAGGUGAGCAUGUCUUUAAACGCACUGGUUCGGCUUCCCUUAUCGAAUUCGAGGAGGAGCCAUGAAGAUGUGCUAUUCAGACACUCUCUUUGGUCUUCUUCCGAGACGACAAGCAGAAGAAAGCAAAGGCAGCAUGUUACGGUGGUUCAAGCAAAAGGGAAGAGAGGAAUGGCAUCUCGCCAGUUCCAACGCCCUCCCCCUCCUGCCAUGCCCCAAAUUGAAGAUGAUGGAAACCCCAAAUUCGUCAUCUUCAUCCGCAUGGCUAAUGUCUAUCUUUGGUACCCCCUAAGUCUCAUCACUGGUGGAACAACUGCAAAAAUCAUGGUAGCCGCCAAAGAUAAUAUUCUUGGAAAAUAUAUCUACAAAGAUACAAUAGCUAGAAAUCUUGCAGCUGUCAUUUACAAAGAUGAGAAGGAGAUACAGAAGACAGCAUUUAGGCAGUAUCGUGUGUUACGGUCAGCUACGGAUUUUAGAUAUGGCUACAAACUUGUUGAAAAUAAUAACGUAAGAAGUGCACUUUCUACCUCUGAUGUUAUUGAGCUUCCAACACAGAAAGAGCUCAAAACCGUAGUUGACAAAGUGAUAGACUUUUUUGGGGAUGCAAAAGAAUCAUUUGGAAAGCUCACAACUAUAAGUUCAACCACCGCUGAGGAGUCAGAAGAAAAUUCAAAGGAAAAAAUCAAGGUGAAAGACUGAGGGUGGAACAUUCCAAUCUCAUCAACACAGUGCAGUGGUAAUUGUUCCUUUGGGUUCGAAAACGAUCAUUUUGAUGUAUUACUCUCAUGCAGUGGAGCAAGCUUUUAUGCAUAACUUGGUAGCACAAGGUUUUGUUCACAAAUCAGAGUUGAUCAAACAAAAUUGUAGAUUUUUCUGUAUAUGAUGAAGAAAAGUAGAGUUUCUUGAUAUGCAAAAAUGGUGAUCAU